AUGGCUUCUAAGGCACCAAACCCUAAACCUUUGAACCCAUCUGCAUCUCCUUUCAUGAGAGCUGAAACAGCUUUGUCCUCGUCAUUUCUCCCACCAAACAGUGAAAUGAUCGUGUUACCUUCCAAACUAUUCCAGCUUUCACAUGAGAUUUAUGGCUCCCAUCCACAGCAGCAAUCUCAGCUAACGUGGGAGGCUCGACCAGCGCCCACCGUUGUUCCUGGGUUUUCCCCCAAUCCCUACCUCUCUUUUCAACAUCAGUACACCCAAGCUUGGGUAUUCCAAGAGGCCACUGCCUACUACAACAUCCAUAAGCAGCCUUACACCGUGCCCUACCUCCCGCCUUAUUACAGGGACGGUGGAGACCGAGGAACAUACUUUACCCCCAGUGAGGAUUUGAAAGAAUCUGACGCUGUCAAAGUUGAGGAGAAGGUGAAAUGUGACGGUUACUAUUCUGUGGUUUUGGGCAACAAGGAAAAGAGGGUUUUCAGUCGAGGUGCUAGGAGGUUUGUGGCACCUCCUCGGCUAAGGGCAAAGAGAAAAAAUGGUGGGGGUUUUUCUGCGGAGAAAUCAUGGGUUCCUAAGAUUGAAUCCAAGUGGUGUGAGGAGAGCAGUGUUGAUCGGGGGUUGAGUGCUAAGGAGGACGAUGGGGUACUUGCUUCUGCUCCUGUUGAUGAUCCUGAUGAUGUCCUAUUAGCAGGAAAGACUACUUUAAUGAUCAAGAAUGUUCCAAAUCAGCUUGGGAGACGUGCAAAUCUGGGUUAUGCGUUUGUCAACUUCACAAACGUAGUUGGAGCUUCAAGAUUUUGGAAAGCAUUCAAUAAGUACAAGUGGAAUGUCGGCUCAAACCGGAAAACAUGUGAAGUAUCUUGGGCAACUAUCCAGGGAAAAGAUGCUCUCUGCAAUCGCUACAAGAAUUCUGUGUUUCCAUGUCAUUCCAAUUCCUAUUUGCCUGUGGUUCUAUUGCCUGCACGUGAUGGGUGGAGGCAGUCCACACCUAGACUUGUUGGAAAGCGGGUAGGACCAGCUUCUCCACUGGCAAGAGGUGUUUUCCGUCGGAAGAAAUCCGUUAACUAG